AAUUUCAAAUAAAGGAUAAAAGUUCUGAAAGAAUUUUACAUUUUACAACAAUGGAUCAGAUAAAUAAAUGCUUGGAAGAAUUAAGAAUACAAUCUUCAGGACAGCAUAAUGAAAAACAAGAGAACUAUGUGGCUGGAAAAAUUAAUAAUGUUAUUAAAACAUUAGAUAUAGUAGUUGUAAAACCAUAUUCUUCUAAAUAUCUUUUAUAUUUUGGAAGUCCUUUGUUUUUGAGUAGUUUAAAUUAUUCAGAUUGUAAAUCAGACUACACAUUGUUAGGCUACAUAGAUGAUAUUUUUGGAUCUAUUGGAGAACCUAUGUAUUCUGUAAGUGUAAAAUGUGAUCUAACAAAGAUUUUGGAUGUUGAGGCUCCGGUAUAUUAUUUUCCUAAUAAUCCAAGUACAGCACAUAUGUAUGUGGAGUAUAUGCUAGAUGAAACUAUAAAUAAAGAAAAAUAUAAUAUUAGAAUGUUAUCACCAAUUUGAUGUAGAAGAUACUUUCUUUUUCAUUUUUUGUACUAUUACUUAUAUAUGUACAUUCUAUUGAAAUUUUUCAGUUAUAGAACUGUAUAGAACUUGUUUUAUAUAGAAAUUGUAGAAAUUUAAAACUAAAUUACCAUUAAAUGGUUUAUUUUUCUUAA